CCGGUGUAAUUUCAUCACUAACUUAUGCUGUAGUAAAUAACUUCCGCAAAUACAACCCAGAAAAGAAAGUUGUUUUUGUACUUCAAUUCCUCGCAGCAAGUCACGUUUAAGUUGAAAGAUGAUACCAUUAUUGGCCCAUUACUAUAAUUCACGUUUCUGCACAAAUAAUAAUAAAAAUAAUAAUAAUAAUGCUCUUCUUCUACGAGUUAUUGGUGUUAUACUUCUUGUAGCAGCAGCGGUAGAAUAUUUCCCGCAGCAAGUGAUCAGCUCCCCAGCCGGCGGCUCAAAGGUCGUUGACUAUCUCCCUGGCUUUGACGGACCCCUUCCUUUCCAUCUUGAGACUGGAUACAUUGGGGUGGGUGAAUCGGAAGAAAUACAACUCUUCUACUACUUCGUGAAGUCCGAAACAAAUCCCAAAGACGAUCCUGUUAUCCUAUGGCUCUCCGGAGAACAAGGCUGCUCCUCUUUAACCGGGCUUGUCUAUGAAAUAGGGCCACUUUUUUUCGAGGCAAAAAUGUAUAAUGGAACAUUGCCAACAUUGUGGUUGAACGAACAACCAUUGACAAAGAAUGCGAGCAUCAUCUUUUUGGAUCAACCGGCAAACGUUGGAUUUUCCUACUCUACAACUGGAGCUAUUUAUACGGAUGUACAAGCAAGCAAUUAUGUCUAUCAAUUUCUACAAAAGUGGUUCAGCGUGAACGAGAACUUCAUAUCGAAUCCCUUCUACAUCGCAAGUGGUUCUCAUGGAGCUCUUAUUGUUCCUACAAUCAUUCAAAUUAUAUCAUAUGGAAAUGAAGCUGCAGAGAAACCCAUGAAUCUUAAGGGAUAUAUACUUGGAAACCCCAAAACUUUUCCCGGAGAAAAGAAUUUUGUAGUUCCAUUCGCUUAUGGAAUGGGACUCGUCUCACAUGAGCUCUAUCAGUCGCUGGCAGAAAGUUGUAAGAGGAGGUACAUUCACGUAGAUCCAAAGAACAAAUUAUGUUCUGAAAACCUUAAAGAGUUCCAAAAGUUGAUAGAUGGACUUCCAGAACAUCACAUUAUUGAGCCAUACUGUGGACUUGAAGAACCUGAAGUAAAGUCAUCUGCUACAAGCAGAAGGGCGGCCCUCAGUGAGUUGCAAAUGAUCAAGUCUUUUGACGAGAAAUAUGUUAAUCCGUAUGGCGAUGAUGACCAUGAAAGAGUGUGGUGUCGAGUUGACUACCACCGACUUUCCAACUACUGGGCGAAUCACCCUAGCGUACAAAAAGCUCUCCACGUACGGAAGGGUUUCCUUGGACGAAAAUGGGCGAGAUGUAACUGGAAGACUCUGUCAAAAACAUACAAAGUUACAAUACAUGACACAAUACAGCAACAUGCCGCCCUUAGUGCUAAAGGCUACCGCUCGCUUAUUUACAGCGGUGAUCAUGAUAUGGUAGUUCCCUUUCAAUCAACCGAAGCGUGGAUAAAAUCUUUGAAUUACUCCAUCCAUUUUGACUGGGUUCCCUAUAUGGUAAAAGAGCAAGUUGGCGGUUACACGAGAAAUUUUACCAAUCAAAUGACUUUUGCAACAGUGAAGGCAGCAGGGCAUAUAGCAGGGGAGUACAAGCCUGAGGAAUGCGGUGCUUUGAUUGCUAGAUGGAUAUCUGGAAAAGAUAUAUCAACAUUUCCUCAGGACAUUGUCUAAGCAUUCUAAAUUUCAUAUUUAUACAUCAAAUAUAUGUAUGUAUUUUUUUAAAGCAUGCCAUGUUUUUUUUUGUGAGGGACAGCGACGAUAUUUUCAAGAGAAUUUAUAUAAUAAAUAAACACAUUUUAAUUUGCCAAUAUUUAAGUGGCUAUUAAAAACUGGUUUUUUAAGAAACAACUCUUUCAAUU